UGCUACAUCACAAAUUGAAGAAAUGAAGACUGAAAAUCAAUAUAUUCUGCUAGUGCAAAUCUAAGGUACGGGAUAUAGACAGGGAAAUAUUUUUGUGAUGCAGUGGGGAAAGGGUGGGCAUGAAAAUUUGAGAUUUAGUACAAUAGGAUGAGAAAGAACACUUUAGUCAGCAUUAAACUGGAAUAAAUUUGUGCAUGACAUUAAAUCUAAAGCUUAGCAUUUUGCCUGUUUUCUCUGAAAGGAGCACAAGACUUCUCUCACAUGCAUUUGAAACUCCUGAGAUAGAUUUUGGUUUUCUAUAAGACACGGUUAUAGAAUCACAGACUCAAAUCACAGACUCAUCACAGAAAGAUUUAGGAGCAAGGGGCCUCAGGAAGUCUGUAGUAUCAGUAUCUGCUCACAGCAAGGCUGAAUCCAGAGCUAUUUUGUGUUGUUCAGGGCUGAGCACUGGUAAGCCUGGAACAUCUCCAAGGCUGGAGGUCCUCCAGUUUCUCUAGGCAACCUGACAAAGUUCUUUCUUCAAUCUUCUUUGUGGAGAAGGAAGAAGAGAGCAGGAAGAACGCAGCCUUACAGCAACAGCAGAAAUAUAACCAUCUGUUUUAUAGGGAGGGGUAUAAUAGCUGUAGAUGAGUGGGAGUAACAUCGUUGAUGAAAGAACAUCAAAAUGGCAGAAGAGAUACCACAAAAGGAAGUUAUUUCAUAUUUAUGUCCCUCAAGUAGGAAACUGAAAAUCACAUGAGGUCUUCAUACACAGCAAGAGUCCCUCCCAGCUCAGUUGCCUUCUCAGCAUUGUUUUUUUUGUAUUGAAAAAUGAGGCAUCUUCUUCCAUGCUGAGGAGUUUAGUAACAUGAAGACAGUGAUUCCACCAGAUAAUGUUGUAUGGCUAUCACAUUCCAACUUGGGGAGCAGUAUCAGCCACUGCCACUACUAUACACACGAAUGUCCUAGAUAUCUACUGCAAGGAUGAUAGCGAGAACACUUAGUGAUUUUAGCGGCAUUAUCACAGGCAGAAAUGGAUCGAGCAGUUUCUGACGAAAAUUCUGGGCCGUUCUCUGGUGCAAAAGGCCCGCUCAGGUGCAAGGACGGUAGCGAGGGCUGCCCAGGAGGUGGCAAUCGGGAGCCUCUCUCAGGACUAGAGCAAAGGUGGAGGGAGGCUCCCAGGAAAAAAGGUGGCUGCCUUUAAGGUGGGUUUAUUUGCCUGCCAGAUGGGAAGUCUGUGUGACCAGCCCCUUUCAAACAGGUAAAGGCAGUAAGGCUUCUCCACCCACUUGCCUUGAUCUUUCAUCAUAACUGUGGGCCAGGCAGGGAGGUUGUGCAAUGUGCGCGCUCCAGUCAGGAGGCUGCGGGAGAGAUUCAUGCGCUGUGAGCAGGAGCCGAGGCUUGGAGGCCUGAGCCAGGAGAGCAGGCAGGGGCUGGGAUCAAGGCCCCCUCUCCAACCAGCAUGGAGCUGAGGAUGGGCAGGAUCGAGCUCUCCCUUGGGAUCCUUCUCUUUGGGUCUCUCCUUCCUCCUGAGGUGCUUGGGAAAGAAGUGAAUCUGCUAGACACAAGCACUGCACAGGGUGAGCUGGGCUGGCUUCCAGACCCUCCAGAAGUAGGGUGGAGUGAAGUGCAGCAGAUGAUAAAUGGUACCCCAGUCUAUAUGUAUCAGGACUGCAGCGUGCUCUCUGAGGGUGACACUGAUCACUGGCUUCGCACCAACUGGAUUUAUCGGGGUGAGGCAGCAUCUCGCAUUUAUGUGGAGCUGAAGUUUACUGUGAGAGACUGCAAGAGCUUCAAAGGUGAAGUGGUGACCUGCAAAGAGACCUUCAACCUCUACUACAUGGAGUCUGAGCAGGAUGUCGGGAUCCAGUUCCGCCGCCCAAUGUUCAUCAAGCUCAACACUGUGGCAGCAGAUCGAAGUUUCACAAACAGAGACAUUGAAUCUGGUGCCAUGCAGCUGAACACAGAAGUGUGCCCCAUUGGGAAGCUGUCUCGUCGGGGCUUCUACUUAGCUUUCCAGAACUCUGGGGCUUGUGUAGCAAUGGUGUCUGUCCGAGUGUAUUAUAAGACUUGCCCAGAGACAUUGCAAGGCCUUGCCCACUUUCCAGAGACACUAGCAGGUUUGGAGGGGCUCACAGAAGUGCCUGGUGUCUGCGUGGAAAAUGCAGCUGAAGAAACGGGCUCUCCCCCAAGGAUGCACUGCAGCACAGAUGGGGAGUGGUUGGUACCAAUGGGCCGAUGCCUCUGUGUUGUGGGGUUUGAGGAAGUCGAUGGGAGCUGCGUAGCCUGCCAGCGAGGAUUCUACCGUCACUCUCUGGAGACUAAACGCUGCCUGAAGUGCCCCCCAAACAGCUUGUCCAAUGAGUCAGGGGCUAAAUUUUGUUCCUGCAAUGCCGGCUUCUAUCGGGCACCUUCAGAAGGCCAAAACAUUGCUUGCACCCGUCCUCCCUCAGCUCCCCGCAAUGUCAGCUUCUCCCUUAUUGGCACACAGCUCAGUCUGUGGUGGCAGCCACCCAGUGACCACGGUGGGCGAAAGGACCUAACUUACACAGUCUUCUGUCAGCGCUGUCAUUUCCAGUCAUGUGAUCCAUGUGAGCCUGGUGUGGUAUUCUCCCCAAGUGCUUCAGGUCUCACCAAAACUGCUGUGGAUGUGGAUGGCCUAGAAGCUUACACCAACUACACAUUUGCUGUGGAAGCCCAUAAUGGUGUCUCAGGAAUGGGACCUGCUCCACAAAGAACUGCUCCAGCUGUCUGGGUUGCAGUUGGACAUGCAGCUCCAGUGACAGUAUCCCAGUUUAUUCUGACACAGAGGGAUGACAGUAGUCUGUCAGUUUCUUGGCUCGCCCCACGACAGCGUAGCCGAACCUCAGUGGAAUAUGAGGUCAUGUUCUUUGAGAAGGGAGAGGAGGCACGUUACACAGUGAAGCACCUUCUUGAGCCAAAUGUCACUCUGACAGACCUUCAGCCAGACACAACCUACCUGCUUCGUGUGAGAUCCAUCACACCCCUUGGGCCUGGGCCCUACUCCCAGGAGCAGGAAUUCCGCACCCUUCCACCAGACACAGGAGCUCUUUCUGGUGGAGUCGUAGCAUCUAUUAUCUUUGGAGUUCUGCUAUUUAUUGGGCUGCUUCUGGGAAUUCUGUUCUUUCGACGAAAGAAGACUCACCGCAGACAGGCACGGCCUGAUUAUAGCACUUCAGGCUUUGAUCGAGAGAAGGUCUGGUUGAAGCCCUAUGUGGACCUGCAACCAUAUGAUGAUCCCAGUAGAGGGGUUCUGGAGUUCAUUAAGGAACUGGAUGUCUCUUGUGUCACUAUGGAGAAUGUGAUUGGGGAAGGGGAGUUUGGGGAGGUCUAUCGUGGGUCUCUGCGGCUCCCAGGGAAAGAACGUAUUGUGGUUGCCAUCAAAACCCUCAAGUCAACAUAUUCAGACUCACAAUGGUGGAACUUCCUGCGUGAGGCAACAAUUAUGGGGCAGUUCAAUCACCCAAACAUCGUACAUCUGGAAGGAGUUGUCACCAAAAGAAGGCCAAUGAUGAUCAUCACUGAGUAUAUGGAGAACGGAGCGCUGGAUACCUUCCUCCGGGAGAAUGAGGAAAAAUUUAGUCCUGUGCAGCUUGUGAACAUGCUGCAGGGAAUAGCCUCUGGCAUGACCUACCUUUCAGAACACAACUACGUGCACCGGGAUCUGGCUGCUCGCAACAUCCUGGUAACACGCAGCCUUCAGUGCAAGGUGUCUGACUUUGGUCUUUCCCGAAUAUUGGAGAAUGAUGCAGAGGGAACAUAUGAAACCAAGGGUGGUAAGAUUCCAAUCCGAUGGACAGCCCCAGAGGCCAUUGCUCAUCGGAUUUUCACCUCAGCCAGUGAUGUCUGGAGCUUUGGAAUUGUCAUGUGGGAGGUGCUAUCAUUUGGUGACAAGCCGUAUGGGAAUAUGACCAAUCAGGAGGUGAUGAGAAGCUUAGAGGACGGGUACCGGCUCCCCCCACCUGUAGACUGCCCAUCCAUCCUCUAUGAGCUAAUGAAGAGCUGUUGGUCACAUGAUCGAAUGAGGAGGCCUCAUUUCCAGGAGAUUCGAGCACAGCUGCAACACUUCAGCUCAAGCCCCCAUCUUCUCCGCUCUGUUGCAGACUUUGAUCCCAGGGUAACGCUCCGGCUCCCAAGCUGCAGCGGAUCUGAUGGUAUCCCCUAUCGAUCUAUUCCCGAGUGGCUGGAAUCCAUUCGCAUGAAGCGUUAUAUCUCCAACUUUCGCACUGCUGGCCUUGACACCAUGGAGUCAAUUCUGGACCUCACUGCUGAGGACUUGAAACAGAUGGGAGUGUCACUUCCAGGCCACCAGAAGAGGAUUCUGUGUAGCAUCCAAGGCUUUAAGGAGUGACCAGUUGUUGCUCACUCAAGCUUGCCAAAUGCUGUCUUACCAGAUAUCACUUGGAAUCAUUCCUAUGGCAAUUGCUUCCAAAUGAGUGACUGGGACAAGAUAAGCAAAACAACCAGGACUGAAAAGACUUAUGAGGCAACACCACCUGCUCUCAUUUCUGUUUCCCCUUGCUUCAGCCAGCAGUACUUUUCAGAACACUGGUCUUAGAAUCUGUUCUCAAUCCUGUCUUCUACUGUUAGUUCUGUGCAGCACGGAAUAAUCCCUGUAGUCCACAUAAUGGACUUUCAAGCCAGAUAAUCACAUGGAAAUAUAAGGAUACAUACAAUUGCAGGGUGGGGAUUGGGAUAAUGUUUUAAGAUUGAAAAUGAGGAUGCUGUGGGACCUUCAGAAAACAUGCAUAAGGAUGCAGACAGAGGUUGGGCACAUUCACUCCCUGAUGUACAUUCCUUCUCAUUUCAGCAGCCUUCUGUUUUAUUUCACAAUAGGAACAAACUAUUCAAUCUUUCACAAGGCUGCUGCUAGGGGAUAUAUUUUUAAAUUAAGCUAUUCUUGCUUUAAACAUCACCAAGUCAUGGUGUACUUUGUUCUUUGAAGGAGAAGUUGGGAGUAGCAGCGCACCCUGCUGUAACCUUGGCAUGUUGCUUACUUGCACAUGUACUUCAGCGGAGUGAUUUACCUCUCUUCAACCUGCUUAAUACCUUUACUUGUUCCAUAGACACAAAACCUUGUAGGUACCAAUUUUUCUCUGCCCCUUUUUUGAAAGAGGGACUGAAUAAGGUAUUUGUAACAGAAAAAUGUAGAGGUGGUCUGUCAUUCCUUCUCUGUGAAGGAAGUAUUAUUAUUUAUCAGAACUCAAGACAGAGGUGCUACAGACUGUAAAUAGUAUUUUGUAAAUAAACUUGAG